UGCACGUGGCUGUGCGCCCCGCCCUCCUUCGCAAGAUGGCGGCGCCCAUCUGUAGCGUUCCGAGCCUCUGGGUUCGGGGUACUGGGCAGCGUUCCGGGAGUCUCUUCGCUCUCGUGUCAAAGCCAUUUUGUACCGCCACUGCUGCCUCUAGGCCCCUGGAUGCCCAACGAUUAGCAGAGAGGCUCCGAGCCCAGAAACAGGAGCAAAAGACGAGGAAGGAGUCGGUGCCCACAAACCCUGUUCAGCGGAGAGUGCGUGAACUAGUGAGGUUCACACAGCAACUGCAGCGAGUUCACCCCAAUGUUCUUGCUAAGGCGCUGAGCCGAGACAUUGUCCACCAGGACAAGGAUCUUGUGGUCAUCAAUAAGCCCUAUGGUCUCCCUGUGCAUGGUGGCCCUGGGGUCCAGCUCUGCAUCAGUGAUGUGCUGCCUACCCUGGCAAAGAUCCUUCAUGGUCACAAGGCAGAACCCCUGCAUCUGUGCCACCGGCUGGAUAAAGAAACUACAGGUGUAAUGGUGUUGACUUGGGAAAAGGAAGUAGCACAUCAAGUCCAAGAGUUGUUUAGAACCCGCCAGGUGACAAAGAAAUACUGGGCCAUCACUGUGCACGUCCCAAUACCCCCAGCGGGAGUCGUGGACAUCCCCAUCAUCGAGAAGGAGGUGCAAGGCCAGCAGCAACACCACAAGAUGACGCUUGCCCCAAGCUACCGCAUGGACAACGGGGAGAUGGUGAGGACGCGGACCAGCCGGAAGGCGCAAGUGGCUGUGACUCAGUACCAGGUGCUAAGCAGCACUGUCUCUUCCGCCCUGCUGGAGCUCCAGCCUGUCACAGGAGUAAAACAUCAGCUUCGAGUUCACCUGUCUUUCGGGUUGGAUUGUCCGAUCCUAGGUGAUCACAAGUACUCAGACUGGAAUAAACUGGCCCCCCAGAAGCUGCCCGCGGGCACCCUGAAGAAGCUGGGGCUGCCGCAGUCCAAGGUCCGCCACAUCCCCCUGCACCUGCACGCCCGCCAGCUGGUCCUGCCUGCCGUGGGCUCCCGGAAGGAGGAGCUCAGCUUGACCUGCAAGCUUCCUCGAUUCUUUGUACGCUCCCUGAGCCGCCUGGGGUUAGAGAUGCCGAAUCAGGAUCCAGAGGGCGGCAGUGCAGUGGCACACCGGGGGGCACAGUGAAGCCCGUGGGGCAGUCGGGCCUCUGAAUUCUUCACUUUGUGCAGUGAACUCUACUCACUUCUAGCUUGGGACAGACCCCAGAAGCACCCAAGUGGGACAUGGCGAACGAAGUCGGCUGCCUUGGGACUUUUACUGAAGACUAAAGUCUGUUUUGCCACAUGCACUCUGGGAAAGCCAAGAGUGGGGAGAGCCCAGCCCAGGUAGACUGGGUCAACAACUGGACAGGAGGUGAAGCCCUGAAACUGUGAUCAGCAAGCAUUUUCACCAACAAUAAAGCUCCUGAUGGAUCAGGAA